AUGGUAAACAAAGUGACCCUAGCGGUGUGGCUGGUUCUGGCCGUGGUGGCCAUAACCGAAGCAAAAUCAGUCAUUCCAGUCGCUCCUAUCGUGCAGAAAAUUCUGGACAUCUUUCCCAUGCUGCACGUUCCGGAAGGAUACGUAUCGACUAAUCCGCGUACCAUUGGCUAUAAGUUUCUUACCCGCGUAGACCAUUUCAACCCGCAGAACCGUGCUGUGUUCCAGUUUGACUACUUUUCCAACGAUGAGUUCUAUCAGCCGGGAGGACCAAUUUUCAUCUUUCUCGGCGGCAAUUGGCCUCUGACGCAGUAUUAUAUCGAACAUGGACAUUUCCACGAUGUUGCUGCCUAUGAGCGCGCCUGGUUGUUCACCAACGAGCAUCGCUACUACGGAGCCAGCUUUCCAACGGAUGAUUUGUCGGUGGAAAACCUGCGGUUCCUAACGGUAGAGCAAGCUCUGGUUGACGUGGCGGAAUGGAUCGUACAUUUGCGCAAUAACGUGGUGCGUGACGGAAACGCGCGAGUAAUUUUGGCGGGAACGGGUUAUGCAGGAGCAAUUGCAACCUGGAUGCGUCAGCGAUAUCCACACCUGGUGGAUGGAGCCUGGGUUUCGAGUGGACAGGUCGACGCUCGGUUCAACUUUAAGGAGUACGCAUUCGAAAUCGGCGAGGUAAUUCGUGAUCAUGGUGGGGAUGACUGUUUUGGAACUAUUUGGCGUGGUUUCCGGACGGGUGAAGCUCUCUUCGAUGCUGGAUUGACGGACUCGGUCACUGAUUUGUUCAACACGUGUUUACCAGUGAACACCGAUGACAUGCUGGAUGUUGAAACAUUCUUCUUCAAUAUUAAAGCCAGUAUCCAGGAAGAGAUUCUACAGCAGCCCCAAUCAACGGAAUUUACGGCGGAAUUGUGCCAGGUGCUUGGUAACAGCACUGCACAGACAGAUCUGCAGAUCCUAGCGGAAUGGGUUACGGAACACUACAGCUAUUUACCGUGCAUGCCGUUCGAUUUUGAAUCGUCCGUUGCGGCUCAUCAGUAUGAGGAAAUUUACUAUCCCGAAAAUAAUGUCUUGGGACUGCGGCAGCGCGUUUAUCAAUUCUGCACGGAGUUCGGUUGGUUUCUGACGGCGGACUCGCCUGAUCAGCCGUUUGGUUUCCGCGUCACGAUGAACUACUUCCUGAACUUCUGUCGAGCUGUCUACGGUAGUUGGUUGACCAGUGAAGUGGUGGUGGACGGAGUCCAUCUAACCAACAUGCAUUUCGGUGGCAAAAAUCCGCUCAUCUCAAACGUUCUGUUCACCAACGGAGCACUGGAUCCGAUUCGGGACAUUUCGAUCACCGACUAUCACCAGCCGCGCUCGGGUGCCAUCGUUAUUCCUGGUUAUUUCAACAGUCCGGAUUUGAACUCGAUCACCGGGUACGAUUCACCGGCGCUUCUGGAUGCCAAACAUCGGGUUCAACUGUACAUUGAAAGCUGGCUGGUGGAGGCAAUUGUUCCGAUCGAACGGACGUAAGUGCUGCUAUUGACAUUGUUUGAUGCAGCAAGGAAGUAUGAGGUCAGACAAUAUUCUGUAAAUUAAUAUGUUUGCAAAAUAUACGCAAAUGAGUUUAGUACUACCCAGAAA